AUGCAUGUGUUCCUUCUUGGUCCACCUGGUAGUGGCAAGACUUCCGUUAGUACAGUUUUAAAGGAGCGCUACGGCGUGUGCUACGUCGCCCCCAGCGAAGUUGUUCAACAUGCAGUGGAAUACAGUGGUACAGAGCUCAGCGAGAGGCUCCGUCACCUACUAGACGAGGGUAAGACAAUACCCGACUGGCUGCUCACACGCGUUGUGGCGGAGGCCACACGAGGGCCGGACUGCAUCCAUGGGUAUCUUCUUGACGAUUUUCCUAAGACGGCUGCACAGGCGCGGCUUCUGAUUAAAGAGGGUGUAAAGCCUGACGCUAUCAUAGUGCUCAGCUUCGCAGAUCGUGUUCUUAUGGAGCGCUACGCGGGGCGUUGGGUGCACCCGGCCUCGGGCCGCAUGUACCACACUCUGUACAAUCCCCCACGUGUGAAGGGACGCGAUGACAUUACCGGUCAGCCGCUGGUGCAGCGGGCCGAGGACACUGAGGAAGCUGUGCAGCAGCGACUCGCCAAAUUUCACCAUAAUUUGAGUGAUGUUCGCUUUGUAUAUGAAGAUAGUCGUUUAUGGCAUACGGUAAAUGGCUGUGCGACUGUGGACAACGUGCACCUGUCAAUAUGCCGAGUGUUGGAUCCCAUUCUUGCAGCGAAGCACAACUCGUGGUGGUCCAGGGUGUUUUGGUGGCGGAGUUGA